AUGAGAGUCCUAACUUUAUUUCUGGGAUGUGCCAUCCUGGCCAUUUGUUUCGUGCAGCUCACCGAUGGUGCCUCCUCGACAACAACUACAACGACGACAACAACUACUGCAGCCACUGAUACGACAACCACUACAACAGCCUCUUCUAGUGACACCACCAGCACGACCACCAGUUCCAGCUCCAGCUCCAGCUCUACCUCUAGCUCCACCACUUGUGCAAAGAAACUGAAAAAGCUAAGGAAAAAGUAUAAGAAGUUGUUGCGAGAAGGAGAGGAGACAGAUCUUCAGACAGAACUUCAGACAGAACCUUUACCAGAAGCGGUGGCACCAGGAGGAGAUUCCUGA